AAAGCGCACCGACCUCUCCGCGGAGCGCAAAGGAAAAUGUUGCGCUUGUCUUAAGGCUUCUCGGACGUUUGGAGCAGAUCAGAGACAAGAGCCUCGUUGUUCUGCAUCAUUUUUGUUUGACCCAGAACAAAGCAUCAUCAGGCGCAGAUGCAUCCAUGGAUUUCUCCGGGCAAAUAACGACCGUCCUCCUGCUGGGGAUCCUCGCAGCGCAAGGCUGUUUUGCAUCUAAAGCUGAGGACAGAUUGUUCCGAAGGCUGUUUCGAAGGUACAACCAGUUCAUCCGACCAGUGGAGAACGUCUCUGAUCCAGUUACUGUGGAGUUUGAGGUGUCUAUAUCUCAACUGGUCAAAGUGGAUGAAGUGAACCAAAUUAUGGAAACCAACCUGUGGUUGAGACACGUGUGGAAUGACUACAAACUGAAAUGGACUCCAGUUGAUUAUGAUGGGAUUGAGUUCAUACGAGUUCCAUCCAACAAGAUCUGGAGGCCAGAUAUCGUCUUGUACAACAACGCUGUAGGUGAUUUCCUCGUGGAAGACAAAACCAAAGCCUUGCUGAAAUUUGAUGGCACCAUCACUUGGGUUCCCCCAGCUAUAUUCAAAUCCUCCUGCCCGAUGGACAUCACUUACUUCCCCUUUGACUACCAGAACUGCUCCAUGAAGUUCGGCUCCUGGACCUACGACAAAGCCAAGAUCGACUUAGUGCUCAUUGGCUCAAAGGUGAACCUAAAGGACUUCUGGGAAAGUGGGGAGUGGGAGAUCAUUGAUGCACCCGGGUACAAGCACGACAUCAAGUAUAACUGCUGUGAAGAAAUCUACCCAGACAUCACCUACUCCUUCUACAUCCGCCGCCUGCCUCUCUUCUACACCAUCAACCUCAUCAUCCCCUGCCUCCUCAUCUCCUUCCUCACCGUGCUGGUCUUCUACCUCCCGUCAGACUGUGGGGAGAAGGUCACCCUGUGCAUCUCGGUCCUGCUGUCCCUCACCGUGUUCCUGCUGGUCAUCACUGAGACCAUCCCCUCGACGUCGCUCGUCAUCCCUCUGAUUGGCGAGUACCUUCUCUUCACCAUGAUAUUUGUAACGCUAAGCAUCGUCAUCACCGUCUUUGUCCUGAACGUGCACUACCGUACCCCCAUGACUCACACGAUGCCCGAGUGGGUCAGGAUGGUGUUCCUUGGGGUGUUACCCAGAGUGAUGCUGAUGAGACGGCCGAUUGACCAGAGCUGCUCAUCGCCUGCCAGAGUUACAGGAGGGACAGGAGGAGGAGGAGGAGGCAGCAGAGGUUUCAAGAUGAGAAAGAACAGUGUGGGAGGAGCGAGCAGCUCAGGAAGUGUGAGUGUUGGUGGUAUAACUGGAGGGGUAGCAUGUCCAACUCUGGAUAGUGGCUCAGGAGGAGGAGGAACCUCCUCAGCUGGUGGCUCGAUGAACUGUGUGGAAUAUGGAGAGAUAAACCGUGACUUGAAACGAGACAUGACCAGGAGGUUCCCCUAUAGAGGGAAGGAGGUGCCAACUCCUGUUCCACCCCCGAUGGUGCCACCGCCUCUACCCCAGGUACCUCCAACACAGGGGCCCUCAGAUUCUGAGCUUCCGAAGGUACCAAGGCCCCUGAACGCCUCAUCGCCAGUCAACGCGGUGGUCGCCUUUUCUGUAGUGUCACCAGAGAUCAAGCAGGCCAUCGAGAGUGUGAAGUACAUCGCAGAGAACAUGAGGACUCGCAACAAAGCCAAGGAGGUGCUCCAUGAGUUUCUGCUUCUUAUGUUAUCUCCCAGUUAG